AUGCAAUACUAUUUCGGGGGCAAAGACGUGUGUAACUCCACCAUCAAGUCCUCACAAGACGACGGCGUGCGGUUUACGGUGGCCACAGACGAGGUCGACGACAAAACGCGGACAGAGAUAUGGCACGGCGACAAAGCCUCGAGGGUAGCUGUGAUUCAUUGGGACGACCGAGUUUUUGAGAUUUAUGGGCGAAAGUUGAGUUUUACGACGGUAAAGGCGCAUCCUUCGGGAAUCCUUGUCUCUAGCACUGACAGGAUUUGGCGGUGGGACGGAGAUGCGUAUUUGUUGGAACAUGACGACGGAGAAUGGGAGCUGAAAGAAGAGCUCAGCGAGCAACCUGCAGCCAAAUUCACCUCCUACCACCCUCGUAUAUUUCACGACGACGAGCCUGCGUCUAUCCAGGUAGAACCCCACGUGCAGCGGGAGACGGUAUUCUUCGUCUUGUUAUUCGUCUAUUCGGAAUUCAAGCGCCAGACUUCCGAAAAAGAAACCAAGGCCGCGGUGAAAGGCAUCAAGCGCGCGCACAAGCUCAUGGAGUUGCAGGACCGAUGA